AUGACUGCGAAACUUCUGCAAAGCAUUGUCCAUGGGCUUUUCCCCAAGAAUUGCGGUCUGGUGUCAGCCUUUGGUUAUGGCUCCGUUGCUGUGCCCCAGCAUGGUCGCACUGCUGCAAAGUCUCAAUUAGAUUUCAUCCUUGUCGUAGAUGAUCCCUUAAAGUGGCACACUGCUAAUUUGAAACUUAACCCCAAUCACUACAGCGGUCUGGCUUCAAUUUGCGAUGGUGCCCUUCUUAAAUGUGCUGUCAACAAAUGGCCUCAUCCUGCUGUUUACUACAAUCCUCUUGUAAACUGGCGUGAUUGUACUGAUGAAUUUCCUCCUCAAGUUAUAAAAUAUGGGGUCGUUGGUUAUGAGCCGCUCGUGUCUGACCUCAACACCUGGUGUGAUCUGUAUAUCGCGGGCCGCCUUCAUAAACCAGUCGUUUUUGUACCUCAAUGCGAACCUCCACCAAAACUGAGGUCCUCUCUCCUCUCAAAUCUCCGAUCGGCCUUAGCAUUUUCUCUACUUCAACUUGAUCUACCUCUCUUGAACGAGGAUUUCUUAUACCACUCCCUUGCGUCUAUCUCAUAUCGUGGUGAUUGGCGUCUCUACUUUGGUGAAGAUAAGAGAAAGAUUGAGUGUUUAAUCACAGGUGAACCUCGUCGACGCGGUUUCCGUGAGCUCUAUCUACCGCUCUUCACCACCAGUCCUUUCCAAUCCCUGUUCACCGUUGAAUUGCCAAGCGACUUAAAGACGGACAUCCGCAUCUUCCCACAACGGGAGGGCCAGAUUGUCAGGCAGCUUCUUGAAUGCCUACCUUCAGCACUCUGUCAGUUGGCUGUAUGCGAAGACAGCGCAUCAGCGCGUCAUCGAUUGACUGAAAUGACCACUAAGGAGAGGCGAAUGCGACUCCAGCAUGCAUCUGCUUCCAUUGUCCGUCGAUCCAGCUACUGGCAAACCGCGCUGGGUCUGUUCUCAGCAGGUCUUUCCCGAUCUGUUGUCUACUCCUUCGCAAAAUUCCGCAAGAUGCUUGCUAGUCUUAAAUCUUGA